AUGGCCACCAUCCCGACCACCCAGAAAUCCCUUGUCCUCCCCGCAGAGGGCUCGCCGUACACCGUGGCCAAAGCUGCUGUUCCCCGCCCUGGUCCCGACGACGUCCUCGUGAAGAUUGAAGCUACCGGAAUCAACCCCUUCGAGUGGAAGGUGGCUACGCCGAUCUUCUCGUGGCUGAUCCCUGGAUAUCCGUUCAUCACCGGCACCGAUGGUGCUGGUGUCGUCGUCGAAAUCGGAGAGAACGUCUCCAAAUUCACAACCGGAGACCGCAUCGUCUUCCAAGGUUUCAUGAGGGAGAACGCACAGGCGACGUUCCAGCAGUACGCUAUCACCACCGCCGCACUCGCCGCACACAUUCCGGAGAACAUCAGCUUUGAGGCCGCCGCUACCCUCCCCGCUACCUUCGGCACCGCGGCUCUGAUUUUCUUCAACCCGUACGCCGAGACGGAGUGCCUCGGCCUGAAGCCCUUCUGGGAAGAAGGCGGCAACGAUGCUUACGCCGGGAAGCCCAUCUUCAUUGUAGGCGGCGCGACGUCCCUAGGACAGUACUCUAUCCAGCUUGCCAAGCUUGCCGGCUUCGGCCCCAUCAUCACCACCGCGUCUCCCCGCAACGCCGCACUCCUGACCGAGCUCGGAGCGACUCAUGUCGUUGACCGUAGUCUCUCCGCUGACGCGGUAUUGGCCGAAGUGCUGAAGGUGGCGGCCGGGAAGCCGUUUGAGGUCGCCGUGGAUGCCGUCUCGAGCCCGGAGAGUCAGUCCCUCGCGUACCAAGUCCUCGCACCUGGAGGUGCACUCGCGCUCGCUCUGCCGGACCAGAUCCCGGCCGAGCUGAAGAAAGACGGAGACGCGAAGCGCAUCGUCUUCAUCCAUGGGAGUGUCCACCUGCCCCAGCACAGGAAGAUCGGCGAAGAGAUUUUCGGGCGGCUGACGGGCUGGCUCGAGCAGGGGAUUAUCAAGCCGAAUGCGUUCGAAGUCCUCCCUGGCGGACUCGCUGGCAUUGUAGGGGGCCUGGAGCGUCUGAAGAACAACCAGGUCAGCGCCAAGAAGCUUGUCGCUAAGCCUCAAGAAACUCCGUGAACUUCCAGAGCUGAGGAAUAGUCAAACUUGGCCAUCAAGUUACGCCGCGACUGCGUUGUGCGUUCAGUGGUUACUUAACGAAUCUUUCCCAAUGUCAGAACUUAUUGUAA